AUGAUUCAGACGAACUAAAUCAUUUCCACAGAUGAAGUUUGAAGCAGAAAGCAACAUUUCCACAGUAACCCAAUUUGUCCUGCUGGGAUUCGCUUCACUUCCCAACCUCCAAGGGAUUCUGUCUGCAGUAUUCUCCAUCAUUUACAUGAUUAUACUCAUUGGUAAUUGCCUCAUAAUAUUAAUAACUAGACUUGACCCUACAUUGCAAAAACCCAUGUAUUUUUUCCUGGCAAAUUUUUCCACUCUGGAAGUCUGUUACGUAUCAGUGACUGUCCCAAGGAUUCUCUUCAACAUUUGGACCCAGGAUAGAAACAUUUCUGUGCUGACUUGUGCCGUGCAGAUGUGCUUCUUUCUUAUAUUGGGAACAGAUGAAUGCUUUCUCCUGGCUGUGAUGUCCUAUGACCGCUAUGUGGCCAUCUGCAACCCUCUGCAGUAUCCUCUGGUCAUGAACUCGAGAAAAUGCACUCAGCUGGCCGCAGGCUCCUGGCUCAGCGGCAUCCCAAUACAGAUUGGCCAAACCUGUUGGAUAUUCUCUAUGCAUUUCUGCAGUUCUAACCAAAUAGACCACUUCUUCUGUGACAUACCCCCCAUUCUCAAGCUGGCAUGUGGAGACACUUCAGUGCACGAACUGUCUGUAUAUUUGAUUGUGAUGGUGGUGGCUGCGCUCCCCUUUAUAUUGGUGCUUACAUCCUACAGUAAAAUCAUUGCCACCAUUCUAAGAUUACCUACAGCCAAAGGGCGGGCAAAAGCCUUCUCCACAUGUUCUUCCCAUUUGCUGGUGGUGGUUCUGUUUUAUGGAUCUGGUACCAUUACCUACUUGAGACCAAAGUCCAUGCAUUCUCCAGGAACUGACAAACUGCUGUCUCUGUUCUACACCAUUGUGACUCCCAUGUUCAAUCCACUCAUAUACAGCCUUAGGAACAAGGAGGUGAUCGCUGCCCUGAGAAAGCUAAAGCUGCAAAAGUAG